AUGAUUUCGGGGUUUGAUUGGUUGUCGAAGAAUCGGGUUUUGUUGGACUGCUUUGAGCGGACCAUUCAGUUUAUGCCGGAAGGAGAGAAUGGAGCAGUGGUAGCUACGGGGUAUUAUCUGAACUCUGUAUUGGUGCAUUGUAGUGGGAAGGAGUGUCAGGGCUAUAUUCUAUUGGUUGCUAAUGAGUUGGGUGAUGUCCAGAACUUGGAUCAGAUACCGGUGGUUAGAGAAUUUUCGGAAGUAUUCUCGGAAGAUAUCCCUGAGUUCCCACCUCAAAGAGAAAUUAAAUUUGCAAUUGAAUUGGUGUCGGGAGCCGGACCAGUGUCGAUUGCGCCUUAUAGAAUGGCUCCGAUAGAGCUGGCUGAGUUAAAGACUCAGUUGAAGAGCUUCUGA